CCGGUGUUUAAGGUUGCAAAAGUGAUUUGUUCUUUAGUUUUGGAUAAAAAUCGUGGUAAAAAUGAAGCAACUUCCUGAGCUCACCAAUUUACGACCAAAGUACAAGCAAAUACCGGAGAAGCAGAAUGAGAUCCUGGCGAACCUGGGACGUCCGCACAUUGAUUCGUUCAACUACAUGCUGCGGGAGGGCAUCGAGGACAUGCUCCACCGGCUGGAACCAUUGAAUUUUGAAAUGCCCAACCAAAACCGUAUCAAACUAAGUGUUGCCGACAUUACCAUCGCCAACCCAACCGUGCCUACGAGCUUGGUGGAAGCGCAGGAGAAGCGUGUGUUCCCAUCCGAAUGCCGCCAGAAAGGGGACCUGUACGGGGGGAUGUGUACGAUCACGCUCGAUUGGGAAGUGGAUGGUAUCCAACAACCGUCAGUGACGCGUGAAAUGGGCCGAAUUCCGAUCAUGCUGCGCUCGGACGCGUGCAAUCUGAAGGGUCUUUCGCCAGCGGAGCUGACCGAACGCGGUGAGCACGCGGACGAAUGGGGAGGUUACUUCUUGGUUGGUGGCAAUGAGAAGUUAGUGCGCAUGCUGAUUGCGACACGCCGCAAUUAUCCCGUCGCCAUGAAUCGAAAUGGUUGGAAGAAUCGUGGAAAGGAUUUCAGUACUACGGGCAUUAUGAUUCGUUGCGUUAGAGAGGAUCAACAGUCAACGAACAAUGUUCUUCACUACGUUCAAAAUGGUACGGCAAAACUGAUGAUAACCAUAAGAAAAUCGCUCAAUUUUAUACCGAUCAUGUUACUACUGAAAAGCCUCACCAACUACACAGACAAUACUAUCUACCGGAAACUAAUCACCGGUUACGAGGACGAUCAAUACUACAAGAGGUGCAUUAUGACAAUGCUGCGAGAUUUGCACGCCGAAAACCUUCACAACGGGCAGCAGUGCAAGCAGUUCUUGGGCUCGUUGUUCCGCUACCGACUAGGACUGGGCAACAUGCCCAAGUGGUACUCGGACGAACAGGCGGGCGACUAUCUGCUCAAACAGGUUUUGCUUAUCCAUCUGACCAACAAUGAGGAUAAAUUCAACCUGCUGGUGCUUAUGAUGCAAAAGCUGUUCGUCGUGGUGCAGGGCAAGGCCCACGUGGAAUCGGUCGACCACAUAAUGAUGCAAGAGCUCUUUCUCGGUGGAUACAUGUACCAGCAGCUUUUGCGCGAAUUGUGCAUUUCAAUGCUGUUUAAUGUCCGUCAAAACCUACUCAAACUGUGUCCCGAUCAAGACUCGCUCACUGUGACCUCUCAUGAAGUGAUGCAGUCUUUGAAGAAUGUGUCCGGAUUUCAAGCACCCUUCGUGCACUUCUUGUCCACAGGAAACCUUACCAAAGCUGUCGAGAUGGGCGUAAUGCAGGAUUCCGGUCUGGUGAUAAUUGCGGAGAACAUUAACCGCAUGCGCUACAUGUCGCACUUCCGGGCCGUCCAUCGUGGCUCGUUUUUCUUGACGAUGCGAACCACCGAGGCGCGCCAGCUUACGCCGGAUGCGUGGGGUUUCAUCUGUCCUGUGCACACUCCCGACGGUACGCCUUGUGGGCUGCUAAAUCAUAUGACUUCCGAUUGUACCGUAUCGGUAGUGCAGGAUCCGGAUAAGGUGAAAAACAUCGAGAAACACCUGGUAUUGCUCGGUAUGCAGCCGAUCGAGUUCGUCGGUGAACCUGCCCUUGGAACCAGCUUGCCCAUGCGAGAAUCCUAUACGGUGCUGCUGGAGGGCAAAGUACUUGGAAUGCUUCCACGGGCCACCGCUAGCCAAGUGGUGCAAAAGUUACGCUUGCUGAAGAUCGAUGGUGUCAUCCCGAAGACGACCGAGAUCGUGUUCGUGCCGGCUCGGGUAGGUGGCCAAUUUCCGGGCAUUUUCCUGUUUGUGGGUCCGUCCCGCAUGAUGCGCCCGGUAAAAAAUCUUACCUACAAUCGCAUCGAACUGAUCGGCACGUUCGAGCAGGUGUACCUUGACAUUUGCAUCACACCGGAUGAAGCCUACCCGAACCUUACGACGCACAUGGAACUAUCGAAGACAGCUUUCCUGAGCAACCUGGCGCAGCUGAUUCCGAUGCCGGACUGCAACCAGUCGCCGCGUAACAUGUACCAGUGUCAGAUGGGCAAGCAAACGAUGGGCACGCCGUGCCAGAACUGGGCCAAGCAGUGCAUCGCCAAGAUGUAUCGACUGCAAACACCUGCGACACCCUUGUUCCGCCCGGUGCACUACGACAACAUGGACAUGGACAACUUCGCCAUGGGCACGAACGCCAUCGUGGCCGUCGUUUCGUACACCGGGUACGACAUGGAAGAUGCCAUGAUUAUCAACAAGUCGGCGGAAGAGCGUGGCUUCGCGGCCGGAACCGUCUACAAGCACGAAAAAGUGGAACUCACGGACGAGAGCUUUUUCGCGCGCGAUCCGCGUGACCCCAGCCUGGCGAUAUCGCUGGACAACGAUGGGAUGCCGUUCCAGGGCGCUGAACUCACCGUCGGUACACCCAUGUACUGCUACUUCAACGGAAACGACCACCAGUACCACGUGGUGAAGUACAAGUCGUCCGAGAACGGCAUCGUGGACAACGUAAAGCUGGGAUCGCCGAUCGACACGGUAAGGAGUGGGAAGCUUAACUACAGCGAGGUCAAAAAGCUGUGCAUCAUCACUUAUCGCAUCUCUCGCAAUCCGAACGUUGGCGACAAGUUCGCCUCCCGUGCCGGUCAGAAGGGAAUCUGCUCGCAAAAAUGGCCCGCCAUCGACCUCCCGUUCACCGAGUCGGGCAUGAUUCCGGACAUCAUCUUCAACCCACACGGCUUCCCGUCGCGUAUGACCAUCGCGAUGAUGAUCGAAACGAUGGCCGGAAAAACGGCCGCCUGCCACGGCUUGGUGCACGAUGCCACGCCGUUUCGCUUCAACGAGGAUAACACCGCCAUCGACUAUUUCGGGCGGCUGCUCGAAUCGUCCGGCUACAACUACUACGGCACGGAGCGGAUGUACAGCGGUGUCGAUGGGCGCGAGAUGAAGGCGGACAUUUUCUUCGGCGUCGUGCAUUACCAGCGUUUGCGUCACAUGGUCAGCGAUAAGUGGCAGGUGCGCUCGACCGGCCCGAUCGAUCAGUUGACGCAGCAACCGAACAAGGGUCGAUCCCGUGGAGGUGGCGUUCGCUUCGGGGAGAUGGAACGCGACGGGCUACUGUCGCACGGAGCCUCUUUUCUGUUGCAAGACCGGCUGUUUCAUGGGUCGGACAAGGUGACGGUACUGGUUUGCCGUCGCUGCGGGACACUGGUUGGCCCGAUCGAUACCGUCACCAAGCGGUUGGCGAGCAGCUUGAACGAGUUCCAGCACACACCCGCCACCUGCAGGCUCUGUCAGGACGAUAAAGAAAUUGGCCACCUGGAAAUCCCAUACAUCUUCAAAUUUCUCGUGUCGCAACUCUCGUCGAUGAACAUCAACGUUAAGCUUCAAUGUUCUUUUCCCGAUUUGUAACCCCAGCGUUUUAAUUCGUAAGAAAUUUAUCCAUUAAGAUGUUCGUUAAUGAUCGAAACGAAUACAAGUAAACGUUCUGUACCGUGGUUGUUCAUGGACAAAUCAAUUCGUUUUCAAUAACAUGUGUAUAUUUUCAAUAUAUUACUU